AGAACCAGCCUUUUGCGCCAUAUUCCGCAACACCACACACCAAAAACUCCCCAUAAAAGCCAAAUCCCGGCCUCGCAAAGCCCAGGCAGGAGAAGCAAAGGGGAAAAAAAACGGCGAAGACUCGAGCUCCCGCAGGAGAGAUUUCCGCCAGGCCCCAGUGGACGUUCCGGACCGCCCGUGCCACAGCGCCUCUCCCUCGACGCCCCGAAUUUCGCCCCAAAUUCCCGUUAAAUAAUGGCUGAUAGCGACUGGGACACCGUGACUGUGCUAAGGAAGAAGCCCCAGAAGGCCUCCCAGCUUAAAAGUGAGCAGGCUGUGAACAAGGCCAGACGAAUUGGAGCUCAAGUGGAAACCAGCACGAAAUAUGGAGCUGCCAGCAACAAGCAACAUGCCACCACCUUCAACACAGCCAAGCUCGACCGUGAGACUGAGGAACUGAAGCACAACAAAGUGGCUCCAGAUGUAGGCCGUCUCAUCCAGCAAGGACGCCAGAACAAGGGGUGGACGCAGAAGGACCUGGCCACUCGUGUGAAUGAAAAGCCACAGGUGAUCCAGGAGUACGAGCAAGGCAAAGCAGUGCCCAACCAGAACAUCAUAACCAAGAUUGAGAAGGCUAUUGGAAUGCGUCUGCGGGGCAAGGACAAAGGACAGCCCCUACCAGCUCCAGGGAGCAAGAAGAAAUAAGCAGAAGCCAAGUCCCUCCGCCUUUUGCUCUUUCACCCACAAAGUGUGUACCAUGCUACAGGCAGUACCCAGAAAGUUCCCCUUCAGUUUACUACUCAGCAAUUAGGGCUAUUCGGAAUAUUGUUUUUAGUGUUUCAUAUGUCAAGUGCUUUUGUUCUCUCACCUAGCUUGGAGGGCAUUUUUUCUUUUUCUCUUGAGGAAAACAAAUUUUCUUGCAGAGUUUGGAUAAUAGAUAUAUCACUAAAAUGAAAAAAAAAGAAAAAAAAAAUGUUAUGUAUUGAUAGAAAUGGAUGAACAGGAAAUGUUAUUUAGUCAAAGCUUAAUUGUGUACCUCCACUAUCCACAAAAUGUGUAAAGGGUAUGGUAAGCUGACCAUAGCAUGUAUUUAGUUGAAUGUUUUCAGGAAAUUUUUUUGACAGAUUGAUUUUUGUUCUUUUGAACUCUUUCAUUCAUGCAGUUAUAUGCAUUUGUAUUUCCAAGUUUGUUGUAACCAGACAGCAUUCGUUUCUCUGCUGAAGUAAGACUGGUAAUGACUAUUGAAGAGGAAUUCACUCGAUUUGUUAUUUAGCUGUUCUGUUUUCUCACUGCGUACUUCAGAGUAUGUUCAAUCUUUUAUAGAAUUUCUAUGGUGUAUGCUAAAUAAAUACUAUAAAGGAGUUUCCAUAGAUAAUCAUUUCCUCUUUCCAGAUGUUUUGAUGUUUCCUGUUUCCCAUAUGUGACCCUUUCUCUGUCCUAAAGUGAUUGUAUUUUUACAAAAGUUUAGUAUCAGUAUAAUUGCAAUAUAUAUAUAUAUAUAUAUAUAUAUAUAUAUAUAUAUAUAUAUAUAUAUAUAUAUAUAUAUAUAUAUAUAUAUAUAUAUAUAUAUGCAACAAUAAAGGGGAAUACACUGAGAACUUAGGAAUAAUAUGGUAAUUAAAGAAAUCACAGGAAUAAUAUGGUAAUAAAAGAAAUCACUAUAUCAGUAGAUGUAUUCUUUUCUAUAUAGACAUUCAUUAUGCAAGUAAAAAUGCAGCUAAUGUUCCUGAUUCACAAUAUGAAAUCUUGAUUUUUGUAAGAAGUUUAUUGACAGUGAAUGGAAAGUUGUAUCUAAGGAAAUAAGGCUUGUUAAAGAUAUUCCAAUGCCAUAGAGAUAGAGUGGAUGUACAAGGAACUGCCAAGCAUUCAAAUUGGAGUGUAAGGUGUUUAAAGGUUGUUUUGACUAAGGAUGUUAUCAACUUUGUGUUCCACUUCAUAUUGGUUAAAAAAAGCAAAUUAUGCUUGCUUGAUACCAUAUAGUUUCAGUGUACUAACAUACAAUAAAGUUUCACCCUGAAAGCAAGAGAGAA